GCCGGGCGAACGGCCACUGCACGGUCAACAGGACCCGUAGGAAGCGGCGAAGGCCGUUUGUCAGAGCCUCCAGGGUCAGCUUGAAGCUGCUACUCUUGAUACUCUAGUUCGCGAGUGCGGGAGUUUUACGUUCCAUAGCCAACACCAGAUAAUCAGGAGGCGCAAACAUGGCGUUCGCUGCUGCGAGGAUGAUACUCAAGGAUAAGAGGAGGAAGCCGAGCAAGGAGGACUUUGCGCCCCGCAACAGGAGCAAGGCCCGCAGCGCCAGUACAAGUAGCUUUAGAAGCCUGAGCCAGGCCCGGAACAAACCGGCCGACGGAGUUGGACACGUGAACCAAAAAGGCGCGGCCGGCCAAAAGGCGCCGCUCGCCGCUGGACAGAAGGUCGCCCCUGGUGCGAAAACCGCGGCGAAACCCGCGACCAAGCCAAGUGCUCAGAAGGGCCAGGUCAAGGUCACGCCCAAGGCCGCCUGCGUUAAGGGCGGCAAGAACAAGAAGAAAGGACAGAGGCAACAGUACGACCUCAUCGUUACCAUUAAUUUGUCGGAGUACGGACUUACGGAGGACCAAGUGGCGGAGUUCAAAGAAGCAUUCAUGCUAUUCGACAAGGACGAAGAUGGCACUAUCACAAUGGCCGAACUGGGAGUUGUGAUGCGUUCGUUGGGACAGCGACCGUCUG